AUGGAUGGAGCCAAGGAUGGACCCAAGGAGGAAGAGAAAGAGAGAGAGCAGGGACUACGAGGCAGUCAGAGGGUGAUGAGGAUGAGCAGAGAGAAUGGGGAGACCCAUUCUGACAUAAUAUCCUUACUGUAACCACCUGAGCCAGUUGAUUCUGUAAGUGCCUCAGAGUAGGAGUGCUGAUUACAUUUACGUCAUUUAGCAGACGCUCUUAUCCAGAGCGGCUUACAUAAUUUUUUAUACUGGCCCCCCAUGGGAAUCAAACCCACAACCCUGGCGUUGCAAACACCAUGCUCUACAAACUGAGCUACAUCCCUGCCGGCCAUUCCCUCCCCUACCCUGGACGACUUGUGCGCCGCCCCAUGGGUCUCCCGGUCGCGGCCGGCUACGACAGAGCCUGGAUUUGAACCAGGAUCUCUAGUGGCACAGCUAGCACUGCGAUGCAGUGCCUUAGACCACUGCGCCACUCGGGAGACUGAUCUGGGAUAAGGUCCCCCUAGGUGUAUUUCAUCUUAUUCAUUAUGAGCUAAAAGGCAAAACUGAUCCUACAUUAAAUCAGCAUCUAUACUGACACUGUGAGUGUGGGUGUGUGGGUCUGUAUGUGUUUGUGUGCUAGAUAGUGGGGCUCUAUUUGUGAGCUGCUUGUUGGUCAGAAACUCAUUGUUCACAUGUGGAUGAGUAAGGGUGCCACUGUGUUUCAGGGUUAAUGUGUGCACUAGUGUAAAGACGUAAGGAUGAGGAGGUGUGGACUAGGAGGUGACGUGUGUCUGUGUACCACAGCAGAAAAGUGUUACAUUUGAGUGUAUCGGUUUAGCGUGUCAGUUCUAUACUGUAACUGACCAAUAAUGUUAUAAGAGUGUUAUUGUCAAGAGUGGUUUCCUUUUUUAAUAUAUAUAUUUUUUUAAUUCUAAUUUUACUGAACAGAUAGAGAGAGAGGACUUGUGUCUGUGCGUGAUUGCAUGUUUGUUUGUGUGAGAAAGUGGCUGCUGUCGUGUUUCUAUUUGAGUGUCUCAAUGGUGUAAAAAUAACAUCAGACUGGGUCAAUGGGGGCCAGUUGUCUUAAACAAUAUUGACUAUGAGGCCUCUCCACCUCAGUCAAGCCUUCUUAGAAGGCUCUAUGCUCUCAUACUUAAUUAGCUUUAUACAACAGGUGGGUCUAAUCCUGAAUGCUGAUUGGUUAAAACCGCAUUCCAGUCAGUGUCUAUUCCACAGGUUACCACCGACUAAAUCUAUGACAGUAUGAAAAUGUAUGCACUCACUAAGUGUGUGUCUAAGUCGCUCUGGAUAAGAGCGUCUGCUAAAUGACUAAAAUGUAAAAUGUGACUGCGCAAUCCACUGUCUCAUCAGCCCAGCCUGGCAAUUUAUCAACUUGAUCUCCACUAUAAAAAGCAUCUAGACAUUAUCUCACAUUUCUUUUAGACUAACAUUUAGUUUUCAACAGCGGAGACUUGUAUAAACCUUGCUGUCUGUCUGUCUCAGACAUUUAGUCAAUACUACAGUAGGAAUAUACUGUUCACCAUCUAUGUGUAAAGAGAAAUAGGCAAAAUAAGAUUUAGAUUCAGAGUAAUAAAGAAAUUGAAUAAUUUAUCUGAGCAAACCGAAAACCUUUCCGUUUUUUCAGUGCAUUCAGACACCUUGACCUUUUCCACAUUUUGUUACUUUAGAGCCUUAUUCUAAAAUGGAUUAAAUCGUUUUCCCCCUCAUCAAUCUACACACAACACCCCAUAAGGAUUCAGACCCUUUACUCAGUACUUUGUUGAAGCACUUUUGGCAGUGAUUACAGCCUUGAGUUUUCUUGGGUAUGACGCUACAAGCUUGACACACCUGUAUUUGGGGAGUUUCUCCCAUUCUUCUCUGCAGGUCCUCUCAGGUUGGAUGGAGAGUCGCUGCACAGCUAUUUUCAGGUCUCUCCAGAGAUGUUCGAUCAUGUUCAAGUCCGGGCUCUGGCUGGGCCACUCAAGGACAUUCGAAGCCACUCCUGCUUUGUCUUGGCUGUGUGCUUAGGGUCGUUGUCCUGUUGGAUGUUGAACCUUCGCCCCAGUCUGAGGUCCUGAGCGCUCUGGAGCAGGUUUUCAUCAAGGAUCUCUCUGUACUUUACUCUGUUCAUCUUUCCCUCGAUCCUGACUAGUGUCCCAGUCCCUGCCACUGAAAAACAUAAAUAAUAAUAAUAUGCCAUUUAGCAGACGCUUUUAUCCAAAGCGACUUACAGUCAUGCGUGCAUACAUUUUUGUGUAUGGGUGGUCCCGGGGAUCGAACCCACAACCUUGGCGUUACAAGCGCCGUGCUCUACCAGCUGAGCUACAGAGGACCACACAGCAUGAUGCUGCCACCACCAUGCUUCACCGUAGGGAUGGUGCCAGGUUUCCUCCAGACGUGACGCUUGGCAUUCAGGCCAAAGAGUUCAAUCUUUUAUUUAAUCAGACCAGACAAUCUUGUUUCUCAUGGUCUGAGAGUCCUUUAGGUGCCUUUUGGCAAACUCCAAGCGGGCUGUCAUGUGCCUUUUACUGAGGAGUGGCUUCCGUCUGGCCACUCUACCAUAAAGGCCUGAUUGGUGGAGUGCUGCGGAGAUGGUUGUCCUUCUGGAAGGUUCUCCUAUCUCCACAGAGGAACUCUGGAGCUCUGUCAGAGUGACCAUCGGGUUCUUGGUCACCUCCCUGACCAAGGCCCUUCUCCCCCGAUUGCUCAGUUUGGCCGGGCGGCCAGCUCUAGGAAGAGUCUUGGUGGUUCCAAACGUCUUCCAUUUAAGAAUGAUGGAGGCCACUGUGUUCUUGGGGACCUUAAAUGCUGCAGGAAUGUUUUGGUACCCUUCCCCAGAUCUGUCCCUCAACACAAUCCUGUCUCGGACCUCUACGGACAAUUCCUUCGACCUCAUGGCUUGGUUUUUGCUCUGACAUGCACUGUCAACUGUGGGACCUUAUAUAGACAGGUGUGUGCCUUUCCAAAUCAUGUCCAAUCAAUUGAAUUUACCACAGGUGGUCUCCAAUCAAGUUGUAGAAACAUCUUAAGGAUGAUCAAUGGAAACAGGAUGCACCUGAGCUCAAUUUCUAGUCUCAUAGCAAAGGGUCUGAAUACUUAUGUAAAUAAAGUAUUUCCGUUUUUUACAUUUCUAAAAACCUGUUUUCGCUUUGUCAUUACGGGGUACUGUGUGUAGAUUGAUGAGGGAAAAAAGUAAUUUAAUCAAUUUUAGAAUAAGGCUGUAACGCAACAAAAUGUGGAAAAAGGGAAGGGGUCUGAAUACUUUCCAAAUGCACUGUAAAUGCAAACAAUACUUUAGAACCAUUUAAACAUAAAACAUUUGAAGGUGAUGCAGGACUAUGGUAGAUGAAGGAAUCAAUCUAUCUUUUCAGACUGUUAGAGUAUUUAUCUGGUUAAUAUGUCAGUGUAUUAUGUCUGUUGUUUCGUAACAGUGUGUUAUAUGUGAAAAUGUUUUAAAAUUAUAUUUGAAUGUUUAAGGACUCUUGGAAGAUUAGUCCAAAUGAGGACUAAAAGUCCUAAAAUCUCAGACAUUUGCAACAUUGUUUAAAUAUUCAAAUUCGAUCCAGCUUUCACAUAGUAUGCGUUUCAAUGUUAAAUGUUAAUUUGUGGAAUUUCUUUCCUUCUUAAUGCGUUUGAGCCAAUCAGUUGUGUUGUGACAAGGUAGGGGUGGUAUACAAAAGAUAGCCCUAUUUGGUAAAAGACCAAGUCCAUAUUAUGGCAAGAAAAGCUCAAAUAAGCAAAGAGAAACGGCAGUCCAUCAUUACUUUAAGACAUGAAGGUCAGUCAAUCCGGAAAAUGUCCUCCUAGCCAGGUGAAAUCGCGCAUCAUUAGCUCAUUGUUAUGGAUGUAUCCAAAUAAAUGUCACUAGAAAACAGCUUAAACAAAUGCAAAUGCGGCUACUUUGUUGUUAUUCUGGCUGCACUGUUUGAUGUGACUGUAAGUUAGCCGUAGUUGGCUAGCUAGCAAGUCAGGGUAUGUAAGUAAGACUUAACAACUGGGUCGCGUCUCUGGCAACUGAACCGAUAUAACGAACGACCAGCCGGCUUGGGUAGCAACCCUAGAUUUGUGUCGGGACGAUAUCUUGUGGAAGGAUGAAAUAGUAUGGAUAAAUUAAUCAAAAUAACGUUUUUAAUGAAAAUAUGUAAAUCAUUAUUUGAAUAUGUUGGUAACCCGUUGUAUAAAAGUGGUAAUGCCCUUGAAUCCGGUGUUUGGAGGAUAUAUUGGCACAUUUUUAUGGAACAGUCUGCCUACCCAUGUGAGAGACGCAGACUCGGUCUCAACCUUUAAGUCUUUACUGAAGACUUAUCUCUUCAGUAGGUCAUAUGAUUGAGUGUAGUCUGGCCCAGGAGUGUGAAGGUGAACGGAAAGGCUCUGGAGCAACGAACAGCCCUUGCUGUCUCUGCCAGGCCGGUUCCCCUCUCCACUGGGGUUCUCUGCCUCUAACCCUGUUGCAGGGGCUGAGUCACUGGCUUGCUGGUGCUCUUUCAUGCUGUCCCUGGGAGGGGUGCGUCACUUGAGUGGGUUGAGUUACUGACGUGAUCUUCCUGUCUGGGUUGGCGCCCCCCCUUGGUUUGUGCUGUGGUGGAGACCUCUGUGGGCUAUACUCGGCCUUGUCUCAGGAUUGUAAGUUGGUGGUUGAGGAUAUCCCUCUAGUGGUGCGGGGGCUGUGCUUUGGCAGAGUGGGUGGGGUUAUAUCCUUCCUGUUUGGCCCUGUCCGGGGGUUUCUUCGGAUGGGGCCACAGUGUCUCCGGACCGCUCCUGUCUCAGCCUCCAGUAUUUAUGCUGCAGUAGUUUAUGUGUCGGGGGGCUGGGGUUAGUUGGUUAUACCUGGAGUACUUCUCCUGUCUUAUCCAGUGUCCUGUGUGAAUUUAAGUAUGCUCUCUCUAAUUCUCUCGUUCUCUCUUUCUCUCUGAGAACCUGAGCCCUAGGACCAUACGUCAGGACUACCGGGCAUGAUGACACCUUGCUGUCCCCAGUCCGCCUGGCCUUGCUGCUAUUCCAGUUUCAACUGUUCUGCCUGCGGUUACGAAACCCCUACCUGUCCCAGACCUGCUGUUUUCAACUCUUAAUGAUCGGCUAUGAAAAGCCAACUGAGAGACCUGAGCCCUAGGACCAUACGUCGGGACUACCGGCCGUGGUGACUCCUUGCUGUCCCCAGUCCGCCUGGCCUUGCUGCUAUUCCAGUUUCAACUGUUCUGCCUGCGGUUAUGGAACCCCUACCUGUCCCAGACCUGCUGUUUUCAACUCUUAAUGAUCGGCUAUGAAAAGCCAACUGAGAUUUAUUCCUGAUUAUUAUUUGACCAUGCUUGUCACUUAUGAACAUUUUUGAACAUCUUGGCAUGGUUCUGUUAUAAUCUUCACCCGGCACAGCCAGAAGAGGACUGGCCACCCCUCAUAGCCUGGUUCCUCUCUAGGUUUCUUCCUAGGUUUUCGCCUUUCUAGGGAGUUUUUCCUAGCCACCGUGCUUCUACACCUGCAUUACUAGCUGUUUGGGGUUUUAGGCUGGGUUUCUGUACAGCACUUUCGAGAUAUUAGCUGAUGUAAGAAGGGCUAUAUAAAAUAAAAUUGAUUGAUUGAUUGAUGGUUUUCCGGCUCGAGAAGAAACACCGGCUUCUCGGGCAUUAUCACUUAAAUAUUGUAGCGAAUGAUGACAGUGCAACGCCCCUUGUGGCUUUUGAACCCGUUCCUCCCAGCCAGUAGGCAAUCUUGCUAACCACUGUUCUAACACAAUUGGAUAAGUUGUAAUUAGUCAACAAUUGUAAAAAAAAAUCCCCCUCAAUCAUCAUAAUACUACCACAACUUGGUGCUGCUGCUCUUACUGUUUGAUGUAGCGUUUCACUGUAUCUGCCAGUUUCACUCCUUCUUAAUCCUUUUGCCCUUCUUCCUUCCUUCCUCCUUCCUUCCUUCCUUCCUUCCUUCAUUCCUUCCUCCUUCCUUCCUUCCUCCUUCCUUCCUUCCUUCCUUCCUUCCAUCCACCUCCAUCCAUCCGCCUCCCGCCUCCUCCUCCUCUCUCUCUCUCUCUCUCUCUCUCUCUCCCUCUCAUCUCUCUCUCUCUCUCUUCUCUGUCUCUGUCUCUCUCUCUCUCUCUCUCUUUUUGUUUUCUCUCUCUCUCUUUCUCUUUCCUCAGUGUCAUCCCCAGGGCCACUUGGAGGGCCCUACAAAGCCACUCUGACAUCAAUCAAUCACUCACUACCCAUUAUUCACUAUCCACAGCCUACUCCACCACCACCCUCUCUAUCUCACAGAGCAGCUGCCGCCACUCAACCAGCCCUGUCAGCUCCAACGCAUAGCACACCUUCCUCCUCCUUCUCCCUCUCUCCCGCCUCUUCUUGUCAUGCCUUGGUUGCUAUAGCGAUACACCUCUAUUCCCUCCACACCCCGUCCUUCACCUCCGACAGUGCCUGUGUGGAUUCCUCCUCCCGUUUUUCCGCCGUUCCAUUCCUCCUCUCCUCUCCGGCGUCCCCAUACCCUCUCUUUGGAAUUAGGAGCCCCAGUUGUUACUUGCGAUCAAGCGGUGGCGUCACUAACUCUAACACUGGGCUUGCUAAUUACAGAGCAGGGCGUGGCCCCCAGGGAGGCCCCUGGAGAGAGAGGGAGAGCAGCAGGGGAGGUGAGGAGGCUCCACGUGGGAGGAGGGAGGCUGCUCCUGGUGAAAAACAACCCAGCAUCAUCCCUCUGAUGUACUGUACAACACACUCCACAAUAACACACUCCAAAGUACACUCAACACACCAACACCAACCGUCGGGGCUGCACUGACCUGCACUGGGGCACAAGCCCUCACACAACACAACACAACACUGUGUGUUGAAACAUUUCCAAUGCAAAUAUGAAUAGACACAAAGCUCGAAUGGAAGUGUACCAUAAAGCAAUUGCGCUUAUUCACUGUUACAACCGCUCCUCCCCUCACAACAGCAAGCUCCAUCCAUCCAUUUCCAUGCGUUGUCAUUUCGUCAAUACAUUUUCCACAUCCACCAGUAAGGCAGAUUCUGAUUCCAAAAUGUCACCCUAUUCCCUUUAUAUUGCACUACUUUUGACCAGGGCCCCCACAGGGGGUCUAAAGUAGAGCACUAUAGAGGGAAUAAUGUGCCAUUUGGGACGCAACCCCAGCCUCCCUCAUUAGGAUGGCAGCAUGUGGUUGGUUUAUUCUUGACCUUGGAUCCUGCCAGGUGCUCUAAUGAACUUUGUUUAAUCACAAGCCAGAGACCCGAUUUAUAGACAUAGACACUUGCGGAUUUAGACCAACUAGACUGCAGAGCAGAGAGACUACAUCAAACACACUGCAGUAGGCUACUAGACUGAUAUAGCUACUGUAUCAAAACUGAGGCAGGAAGAGGCUGAGACAGAGAGAGAGAGACAGAGAGAGAGAGAGAGAGAUCAACUCUAGAGAAUGACAGAGACGUUACAUCUAGACACUUAUAGUGUAACUCACUAUAUAAAGCCGACCCAUCUAGAACACUGGCACUCCGGUCAUGUGAGGAUGUGAUAGCUCAAUUAUCACCUGUCUCUUCUCCUUACAUCACUCUCUCCUCCACACUUCCUCCACCCUCUCUCUCUCUAUUUUUCUCUCUCUCCUUGCCAGAUGAGCCCUGCACGCCAUGCCAUACAAUGACCCCAAUUCUCUCCUCUUCUCUUCCCUACCCCCCCCUCCCUCAGGUGGAUGUGGAGACCCUGGACCCCCGGGGUCGGACCCCCCUCCACCUGGCUGUCACUCUGGGUCACCUGGACUGUGCCCGCCUGCUCCUCCAACAUGGUGCUGACGUCAGCAAGGAGAACCGCAACGGAUGGACGGGUGAGACAGGGAGGGGUAGUAAUAGUACAGUGGUGUAGUAGCAGUAGGAGUAGUAGGAGUAGUAGUAGUAAUAAUAGUAGUAGUAGUAGGAGUAGUAGGAGUAGGAGUAGUAGCAGUAGGAGGAGUAGGAGUAGUAGUAGUAGUAGUAGGAGUAGUAGCAGUAGGAGAGUAGUAGGAGUAGUAGGAGUAGUAGGAGUAGGAGUAGUAACAGUAGGAGUAGUAGGAGUAGGAGUAGUAGUAGGAGUAGUAGUAAUAAUAGGAGUAGUAGUAGGAGUAGUAAUAAUAGUAGGAGUAGUAGGAGUAGUAGUAGUAGUAGUAAUAGUAGUAGUAGGAGCAGUAGUAGGAGUAGUAGUAAUAGUAGUAAUAAUAGUAGGAGUAGUAGGAGUAGUAGUAGUAGUAGGAGUAGUAGUAGUAGUAGUAAUAGUUGGAGUAGUAGGAUUAAUAAUAGUAGUAGUAGGAGUAGUAGUAAUAGUAGUAGUAGGAGUAGUAGUAGUAGUAGGAGUAGUAGUAGCAGUAAUACUAGUAGUAGUAGGAGUAGUAGUAAUAGUAGGAGUAGGAGUAGGAGUAGUAGUAAUAGUAGUAGUAGUAGUAGUAAUAAUAGUAGGAGUAGUAGGAGUAGUAGUAGUAGUAGUAGUAGUAGUUGUAGUAGUAGUAGUAGUAGUAGUAGUAAUAAUAGUAGUAGGAGUAGGCGUAGGAGUAGCGAGUAGUAGUAGGAGUCGUAUAUGUAGUAGUAGUAAUAAUAGUAAGAGUCGUAGGAGUAGUAGAGCGAGGAGUAGUAGUAGGAGUAGUAGUAGUAAUAGUAGUAGGAGUAGUAGUAGUAAUAAUAGUAGGAGUAGUAGGAGUAGUAAUAAUAGUAGUAGUAGGAGUAGUAGUAAUAGGAGUAGUAAUAGUAGUAGUAGUAGUAGCAGUAGUAGUAGGAGUAGUAAUAAUAGUAGUAGUAGGAUAAUAGUAGUAGUAGUAGUAGUAGUAGUAGUAUGAGUAGGUAGUUUAGUAGGAGGAGGAGGAGGAGGGGGAGGAAUAGUAGUAGGAGUAGUAUUAAUAGUAGUAGGAGUAGUAGCAGUAUUAUUAGUAGGAGUAGUACUAGUAGCAGUAUUGGUAGCAGUAGCGGUAGAAAACUUUAUCAUCCCUCAAGGGGAAAUUGUUUUUUCAGCAGAAUCAUCCAUAAAACACAACAGUACUGUGAAAGCAUAUAUAAAUUGGCUAGGAGGAGUCUAAUAGUGACUCACCAUUAAAGGCAGGAAGGAUGUACUGUAUAGAAUCUCUAUAGAAAUAGAUUAAGGGGAUUGGAUUCUACGAAUAGGAACCAUUUGUUUGUGGAUUGAUGAUGAGCCAAAUGGCUUUUGUGGAUGGAUCUAAUCAAGUAAUUAGGCACACUUGCUUUUCAAUGCAGUUAUUGUUAAUUUAAAAUGAAAUUGAAAUUGAUUGGGUAGGUUAGUCAGAAUUUCCUCAAAGAGUUGAUUGAGGACUGUGGCACUGGAAGGGACCUGUAUAGUAUAAUAUACUAUAGGAUAGUGUAGUGCAGUAUAGUGAAUAGCAUAGCACAGCAUAGCACAGUUCAGAGCAGCACAGUACAGUACAAUAUACACUCGCCAGUUUAUUAGGUACACCCAUCUAGUCCCGGGUCAGACCCCCCUUUGCCUCCAGGACAGCCUAAAUUCUUCAGGGCAUGGAAACAUUGCUCAAUUGGUAUCAAGGGUAUGAAACAUUUCCCACACCAUUACACCACCGCCACCAGCAUGUACCGUUGAUACCAGGCAGGAUGGGGCCAUGGACUCAUGCUGCUUAUGCCAAAUCCAGACUCUGCCAUCAGCAUGACGCAACAGGAACUGGGAUUCGUCGGACCAGGCAAUGUUUUUCCAGUCCUCAGUUGUCCAGUGUUGGUGAUCGCAUGGCAACUGGAGCCGCUUCUUCUUGUUUUUAACUGAUAGGAGUGGAACCUGGUGUGGUCGUCUGCUGCAGUAGCCUAUCCGUGACCGACGAGUUGUGCGUUCCGAGAUGCCGUUCUGCACACCACUGUUGUACUGCACCAUUAUUUGCCUGUCUGUGGCCCGCCUGUUAGCUUGCACGAUUCUUUCCAUUCUCCUUUGACCUCUCAUCAACAAGCUAUUUUCGCUCACAGGACUGCCUCUGACUGGAUGUUUUUUGUUUGUCGCACCAUUCUUGGUAAACCCUAGACACUGUUGUGCGUGAAAAGCCCAGGAGGCCAGCCGUUUCUGAGAUACUGGAACCGGCGUGCCUGGCACCGACGAGUCUACCACGCUCAAAGUCUCUUAGCUCACUAGUUUUGCCCAUUCUAAUGUUCAAUCGAACAGUAACUGGCUGUCUGCAAGCCACGGCCACGUGACUCACUGUCUGUAGUUGCGAACCAUUAACUGGCCUCUGAGUGUGUGUCUAUAUGUAAGGUGAAGAUUGUCUUUCCGUCUCCCAUAGUGCUCCAGGAGGCAGUCAGCACACGAGACCCAGAGCUGGUGCGCCUAGUUCUGCAUUACCGUGACUACCAGCGGACCAGUAAGAGACUGGCGGGAAUCCCUGUCCUCCUGGAGAGACUGCACCAGGUGAGAGGCACUGACACCGAACACAAGUACAGAGCACAACAGCAACUUCAGACUACAGACAUUUAGGAAACACUUGUAGAUAUAUUUUGUGUUAGCACUUAUCUUAUUGAACCACACUGUAAAAAAAAAAGUAGUUGUUUGAACUAAAUAUUAUUAAGUAACAGCUUUUUUUUUUUGUUUACUCAACAUUUCGGUUAAAGUCAUACCCAGACGUUAAUAUUUUUAGUUGGCCCAAACUUAGCUCCAACAUGAGAAAAUGUAGGCCAACAUUUUUUAAAUGAUGUGUUUGCUCAAGUUGUCUCAUAUGUUCAUUCAACUAGAAAUUAUUAUUUGGGCAUCUUACCUAAAAAAAGGCUGUGGAACUAGUUACAGUGCUUUCAACAUACAUUAUUUUCAAUUUACAUAUUUGACACACAUUGACAUUGUGCAUGUUCAUUUAUACAGUAAUUCAUAUUCAAUAUUUCCUCACCUGGGAUUUGAACUCACAGCCUCUUGAUUCACAACAUUCCUGCUACGCCACCAUGUCUGUGUCAAUAACUGAUUUCACCUGUAUUGCUACAGAGCAAAGUACAUCUCAGCUCUAUUAAAAGUACACUCAAGAAAAACUAUUUUAUUUAUCAUAAUGAUUAUGGAGUAACAUUAAAACAGAGUAAUAUGCCCCACCAACAUUAGACAACUAUACAGAUUUAUUUUUUGCUUAAAAAGUCAAUCAAAUCAAUGAUGAGAGAAUAGUCAGAUUAACUGAUACUUGAAACAGACAUGGUGGCGUAGCAGGAAGAUCGGAAUGCCAUGAACCAAGAGGUUGUGAGUUCAAAUCCCAGGUGAGGACAUGUUAAAUAAUAAUUACUGUAUAAAUGAACAUACACAAUGUAAUCAUGUAUGUCAUAUAUGUACAUUGAAAACAUUGUACGUUAAAAGCACUGUGUGUAACAAGUUGCACAGCCUGUUUUAGUUAAGAUGCUCAAAAAUAAUUCAUAGUUUAAUGAACAUAUGAGACAAGUUGAGCGAACACAUCAUUUUAAAUAAAAAUAAUUCUCAUGUUUGGGCCAACAUUUUUUAUUUUUCAGAUAACAGAAAAGUUGAGUAAACAAAUAAAAAAAGGCUUACUUAAUAAUUAGUUGAAACAAUCUAGAUUUGUGGGUGUAUAUACAGUGCAUUCAGAAAGUAUUCAGACCCCUUCACCUUUUCCACAUUUUGUUACUUUACAGCCUUAUUCUAAAAUGGAUUAAAACAAAUGUUUUCCUCAUCAAUCUACACACAAUACCCCAUAAUAAUAUUUGUUUUUAAAUUUUAGCAAGUGUAUUAAAAAUAAAAAACAGAAAUACCUUAUUUACAUAAGUAUUCAGACCCUUUGCUAUGAGACUCGAAAUUGAGCUCAGGUGCAUCCUGUACUUAUUUUCCACCAUAAUUUGCAAAUUAAUUCAUUAAAAAUCCUACAAUGUGAUUUUCUGGAUUUUUUUUCCUCAAUUUGUCUGUCAUAGUUGACGUGUACCUAUGAUGAAAAUGACAGGCCUCUCUCAUCUUUUUAAGUGGGAGAACUUGCACAAUUGGUGGCUGACUAAAUACUUUUUUUCCCCACUGUAUAUGGUUGAAUCAUCAGCAUACAUGGACACACAGGCUUUGUUUAAUGCCAGUGGCAGGUUAUUGCUAAAAAUAGAAAAGAGUAGAGGGCCUAGAGAGCUGCCCUGCGGUACACCACACGCUACAUGUUUGACAUUAGAGAUGCUUCCAUUAAAGAAAGCCCUCUGAGUUCUAUUAGAUAGAUAGCUCUGAAUCCAUGAUAUGGCAGGUAAUGUUCAAUAAUAUCAAAGGCUGCACUGAAAUCUAAUGGUACAGCUCCCACAAUCUUCGUAUUAUCAAUUUCUUUCAACCAAUCAUCGGUAAUUUGUGUCAUUGCAGUACAUGUUGAGUGCCCUUCUCUAUAAGCAUGCUGAAAGUCUGUUUGUUUACAGAGAAAUAGCAUUGUAUUUGGUCAAACACAAUUUUCUCCAACAGUUUGCUAAGAGCUGGCAGCAAGCUGAUACCUCUGCUGUUAGAACCAGUAAAGGCCGCUUUAUGAAUGACUUUGGUUUCCCUCCAGGCCUGAGGACAAGCACCUUCCUCUAGACUCAUAUUAAAGAUAUGACAGAUAGGAGUGGCCAUUGAGUCAGCUACCAUCUUCAGUAGCUUUCCAUCUAUUGUCAUGCCAGGAGGUUUGUUAAAACAUUUAAUCCACCUUUCCCACACUAACUUUACAAAAUUCAAACUUACAAUUAUUUAAUUUAAUUAUUUGUUUUUUUAUGCAUGAAUACGAUGGCUCACUCUUCGUUGUUGGCAUUUCCUGCCUAAGUUUGCCCACUUUGCCAAUUAAGUAAUCAUUAAAAUAAUUGGCAACAUCAAAUGGUUUUGUGAUGAAUAAGCCAUUUGAUAAUAUUUUUGUCUUUCUGCCCAUAAUUUCAUUUAAAGUACUCCAAAGUUUUUUUUCAAUCUUUCUUUAUAUCAUUGAACUUGGCUUCAUAAUACAGUUUCUUCUUCUUUUUGUUGAGUUUAGUCACAUCAUUUCUCAAUUUGCAGUAAGUCAGCCAGUCAGAUGUGCAGCCAGACUAAUUAGCCACUCCUUCUGCCCCAUCUCUUUCAACCAUACAGCUUUUCAAUUCCUCAUCAAUCCAUUGAGCUGUAACAAUUCUAACAGUCAGUUUCUUAACAGGUGCAUGUUUAUCAAUAAUUGGAAGAAGCAAUUUCAUAAAUUCAUCAAAUGCAGCAUUUGGAUGCUCCUUAUUAAUCACAUCAGACCAACAAAUAUUUUUUAACAUCGUCCACAUAAGAGUCACAGCUAAAUCUUUUGUAUCAUCUCUUAUAAACUAUUUUAGGCCCAGCUUUUGGAACUUUGGCUUUCCUGGAUAUAGUCACUAUAUUGUGAUCACUGCAGCCAAUGUGUACGAUACAACUAUAAAAUGGAUAUCCAAUGGGUACGGAUACAGUUGAUGAUUGAUGUGCACCCCUUUCUUCAUCACUCUCUCUUUCUCUCUCUCUCCCAAGUCCAGAACGCUGCAAUCCCCCCACUAGUUCUAUUAUUAAUCCCACCUCCUCCAUAUCUGUCUCUGUCUCACCACCAGCCCUGGGAUGGGAUUGGAACAGCUACAGUCCUUUGUUCAUGGCCACCCCAACAAAAUUACUCUCUUUCUCUCUUUUUUCGUGUGGUGUCUUCCUUUCUCUCUCUCUUGUCCCUGUUCUGUGUGUGUGUGUUGUGUUGUGUGUGGGUGUCUCCCCCCUUCCUCUCUGUCUCUCUGUCUCUCUCUCUCUCUCUCUCUCUCUCUCUCUCUCUCUCUCUCUCUCUCUCUCUCUCUCUCUCUCUCUCUCUCCCAAGGCUCAGGACUUUUACGUGGAGAUGAAAUGGGAGUUUACAAGCUGGGGUAAGACAUAAUAAGUCAUGUUAUCUGGCGCUCAGCUUUUUAUCUGCAUGGGAUGAUGGCUUCCUGCUUGACUGUAUAUGAGCUUGGUGACAGACUUCCUUUCUCUGUGGGUCUGCAUUGUCUCCAUAGAAAUAUAAUAAUUUGAAUGGGUCAAGACCCCCAGAUCACCGCAAUAAAAAAAUGACACUCAAAAUGGCCGCCAGUCCCAACCAUCACAGGGCCAUUGACUAAAAUAGGGGUGACCCCGUUGUAGGAAUUCUAUUUCUAUGAUUGUCUAUCUCUCUCUCUCUCUUUCCUAGUGCCGCUAGUGUCUCGUAUCUGCCCCAGUGACACGUACCGCGUGUGGAAGAGUGGCCAGUGUCUGCGCGUAGACACCACUCUCAUGGGCUUUGAUCAGAUGACCUGGCAGAGAGGAAACCGAAGCUUCAUCUUCCGGGGUCAAGGUCAGGGGUCAGGGUCCGGUGUGUGUGUGUGCAUGUCCGUGUGUGUUUAUGUGUGUGUGUGUGUGUGUGUGCAUGUGUGUGUGUGUUUGUGUGUGUGAUAGUGUGUGUGUGUGCGUGUGUAUGUGUUUGUGUGUGCGAUAGUGUGUGUGUGAUAGUGUGUGUGUAUGUGUGGUCGAGUCCUCUUUUCUAUUGUCACAGGACUUCCUUCCUUCCUUCUUUCCCCCUCUCGCUGUCAUCAUUAUGUUAGUCACUGUCUGUCAGAUCUCUCCAUCCUGUUUUGAUAUUACUUCCUCUCACUGUCUUUUAUUGACUCCUCCAGCUUUUUAAAUCCUCCUCCUCCUCCUCCGUCUUUCUGUUUCACUCCACCUCUGUCUAUGUGGCCUUUCUCUUCAAUCUCUCUCGACUCUCCUCCUACGUAUGUCAGUCUAAACCUCCUCUUCCCUACCUAUAUCGCUCUCUCUUUAGUUUAACUGUUCCUCCUCCUUUCUGUAUAUCUCUCUCUAACCUGUUUUUCUCUCCAUUCCUAUCUUUCUGUUUGUCUCUCUCUAUCCCAUCCUUCUUUCUGUUUGUCUCUCUCUAACCCAUCCUUCUUUUUGUCCAUCUAAAUCCAUAUUUCUUCCUCUGUCUGUUGCUCUCACUAACCCACCCUCCUCCUCUCUCUCUCUCACUAACCCACCUCUCUCUCGCUCUCUCACAACCCACCACUCGCUCCUGCUCCACUAACCCACCCCCCCUCUCCAUAACCCACUCGCUCCCCUCUAACACCACCCUCCCUCUCCGCUCCUCCACUAACCCACCCUCCUCCUCUCCCUCUCUCACUAACCCACCGCUCCCUCUCCCUCGGCCAUAACCCACCCCCGUCCUCCCCUCUCUCACAACCCACCCCGCCUCCCUCCCCGCGCGCACAACCCACCCCCCCCCCCUGCUCACUGAACCCACCCUCCUCGCCCCCCCUCGCUCACAACCCACCCCCUCCCGAUCCCUCUCUACUAAACCCACCCUCCCCUCCCCUCUCUAAACCCACCCUCCUCCUCUCCCUCUCUCUAACCCACCCUCCUCCUCUCCCUCUCUCACUAACCCACCCUCCUCCUCUCCCUCUCUCACUAACCCACCCUCCUCCUCUCCCUCUCUCACAAACCACCUCCCCUCUCCCUCUCUCACAACCCACCCUCCUCCUCUCCUCCCUCUCUCUAACCCACCAUCCUCCUCUCCCUCUCUCACUAACCCACCCUCCCCUCUCCCUCUCUCACUAACCCCACCAAUCCUCCUCUACCCUCUCAUCUAACCACCCUCCUCCUCUCCCUCCUCGCAACCCACCCCCUCUCCUCCCUCUAACCCUUAUUUCUCUCUUUCUAUCCCUGUCUAAAUCCAUUUCUGUCUGUUUAUCAGUGUCUCUAACCCAUCCUACUCUUCCUCUGUCUCUCUAACCCACUCUCUCUCUCUAUCUAACCCAUCUUUCUCUAUGUCUAUCUUUCUCUCUAACCCCCCCCCCCCUCUCUUCUCUCUCUCACUCUCAUUCUUACUCUCACAUUCUCUCUCUCUCUAACUCCUCCUCCUCUCUGUCUAUCCGUCAGACUCCAGUGCGGUGGUGAUGGAGGUGGACCAUGACAGACAGCUGGUGUUCUGUGAGACCCUGUGUGUGUCCUCUCUGACGUCUCCCUCCCCGCGGCGGGGCACUACAGGCCUGGGCCUCCUGGGGGCACUACAGCCCAGCGAGGAGCAGGUGGCAGCCCGCCUUUCCGCCCCCGUGGUCACCACCCAGCUAGACACCAAAAACAUCACCUUCGAGAGGUGAGAGACAGAGGGAACGAGAGAAGGAGUGUUAGCAUUGAGCAGGAGCAGAGAUAGGUAUGAAAAAGAAAGGGAGUAGAAGCGGAAGAGAGGAAGAGGAGAGGCAGGGAGGGGGUCACUAAGGGCAAGACCAGACACAUCUCUCAUGCAGGUCAGAUUGUAUGAAAAAGAAAGGGAGGAGAAGGAGGGAGAGUGAGAGAGGGGGGGGAGGUGAGAAGGAGGGAGAGUGAGAGAGAGGGAGAGGUGAGAAGGAGGGAGAGUGAGAGAGAGAGGGGGAGGUGAGAAGGAGGGAGAGUGAGAGAGAGAGAGGGGAGGUGAGAAGGAGGGAGAGUGAGAGAGAGGGGGAGUUGAGAAGGAGGGAGUGUGAGAGAGAGAGGGGGAGGUGAGAAGGAGGGAGAGUGAGAGACAGAGGGGGAGGUGAGAAGGAGGGAGAGAGAGAGAGAGAGGGGAGAUGAGAAGGAGGGAGAGUGAGAGAGAGGGGGAGUUGAGAAGGAGGGAGCGUGAGAGAGAGAGGGGGAGGUGAGAAGGAGGGAGAGUGAGAGAGAGAGGGGGAGGUGAGAAGGAGGGAGAGUGAGAGAGAGGGGUAGGUGAGAAGGAGGGAGAGUGAGAGAGAGAGGGGGAGGUGAGAAGGAGGGAGAGUGAGAGACAGAGGGGGAGGUGAGAAGGAGGGAGAGUGUAAUCAUCAUUUAUUGCUUGCUAAGUGUCACCUCUGUCGUUUUGGCAGCGUCAGGGGGAUGCUCGACAUGCCAAUAAUCCACAUAUGAAUAUGAACUGAAGGGAGGGAGAACACAACCUCUAAGUCAGACAUGUUGUUUUGUGUCUGGAUCUGUCUGUCUGUCUGGCAGGAAUAAGACUGGCAUCCUAGGCUGGCGCAGUGAGAAGACAGAGAUGGUGAACGGGUAUGAGGCUAAGGUACAGACAUGUAGUCGUUAUCCUUAUAUCCCUGGCUUUCAAUAUGGUUUUGCUCGAAUGAAAUAAAACACUCUGAAGUUCAAGAUGUACAGUAUAUACAGUGCCUUCGGAAAGUAUUCAGACCCCUUGACUUUUUCCAUAUUUUGUUACGUUACAGCCUUAUUCUAAAAUUGAUUAAAUUGUUUUUUCCCUCAUCAAUCUACACACAAUACCCCAUAAUGACAAAGCAAAACAGGUUUUUAGAAACUUUUGCUAAUUUAUUAAAAGGAAAAAAUUGAAAUAUCACAGACCCUUUACUCAGUACUUUGUUGAGGCACCUUAGGCAGCAAUUACAGCAUCGAGUCUUCUUGGGUAUGGCGCUACAAGCAAGGCACAACUGUAUUUGGGGAGUAUCCCAUUCUUCUCUGUAGAUCCGCUCAGGCUCUGUCAGGUUGGAUGGGGAGCGUCGCUGCACAGCUAUUUUCAGGUCUCUCCAGAGAUGUUCGAUUGGUUUCAAGUCCGGGCUCUGGCUGGGCCACUCAAGGACAUUCAGAGACUUGUCCCGAAGCCACUCCUGUGUUGUCUUGGCUGUGUGCUUAGGGUUAUUGUCCUGUUGGAUAGUGAACCUUCGCCCCAGUCUGAGGUCCUGAGCGCUCUGGAGCAGGUUUUCAUCAAGAAUCUCUCUGUACUUUGAUCCGUUCAUCUUUGCCUCGAUCCUGACUAGUCUCCCAGUCCCUGCCUCUGAAAAACAUCCCCACAGCAUGAUGCUGCCACCACCAAAGCCCUUCACCGUAGGGAUGGUGCCAGGUUUCCUCCAGACGUGAUGCUUGGCAUUCAGGCCAAAGAGUUCAAUCUUGGUUUCAUCAGACCAGAGAAUCUUGUUUCUCAUGGUCUGAGAGUCUUUAGGUGCGCCUUUUGCCAAACUCCAAGCGGGCUGUCAUGUGCCUUUUACUGAGGAGUGGCUUCCCUCUGGCCACUCUACCAUAAAGGCCUGAUUGGUGGAGAGCUGCAGAGAUGGUUGUCCUUCUGGAAGGUUCUCCCAUCUCCACAGAGGAACUCUAGAGCUCUGUCAGAGUGACCAUCAGGUUCUUGGCCAAGGCCCUUCUACCCCGAUUGCUCAGUUUGGCUGGGCGGCCAGCUCUAGAAAGAGUCUUGGUGGUUCCAAACUUCUUCCAUUUAAGAAUGAUGGAGGCCACUGUGUUCUUGGGGACCUUCAAUGCUGCAGGAAUGUUUUGGUACCCUUCCCCAGAUCUGUGCCUCGACACAAUCCUGUCUCGAAGCUCUACGGACAAUUUCUUCAACCUCAUGGCUUGGUUUUUGCUCUGACACGCACUGUCAACUGUGGGACCUUAUAUAGACAGGCGUGUGCCUUUCCAAAUCAUGUCCAAUCAAUUGAAUUUACCACAGGUGGACUCCAAUCAAGUUGUGGAAACAUCUCAAGGAUGAUCAAUGGAAACAGGAUGCACCUGUUUCAUAGCAAUUUGCUUUGUCAUUAUGGGGUAUUGUGUGUAGAUAGCUGAGGAUCAAUUUUAGAAUAAGGCUGUAACGUAACAAAGUGUGGAAAAAGUCAAAGGGUCUGAAUACUUUCCGAAGGCACUGUAAUGUCAUCUGUUUCCUGAGUGCUGGUUCUAGAGUAAGGCACUAUCAAUAUACAGAUAUACAUAGACUCAGCAGUGAGCCCACAUCCCUACUACAUCACUAAUCUAAAGCAGUCACAGAAUGUGCGUCCCAAUUGGUACCUUCUUUCCUAUAUAGUGCACUACUUAACCAGAGUCUCAUAACAAUGACACUCUUGUUUUCUCUGUUAGGUGUACGGCGCCUCCAAUGUGGAACUGAUCACUCGAACCCGAACAGACCAUCUCAGUGAGCCACUCAAGGCUAAGCCCAAAGGUGUCUCUUUUUGCUGAAGUUCUACAUAUUUCUUUAAAAAUGCCCUUGCAUCAUUACUGGUAAUCUUCCACGUCACUUCCACAUCUUGGCUUAGAUGCAGUAAAGGGCCCAAUUUAGAGCUGAGAUAAGCGUGCGCAACACAGACUUUGGUGUAAGUCAUUCAGUGACAUCAAUGGGAGAAUGGUGCAAAGAUUUGAGUUGAGCGCGCUGAUCUCAAGUCAGGAUGCAACCCUAAAUAAACUGGAGUAUAUUCACUAGGAAUCAAACGGAAGAAAACGGGCUGAAACGGGGAAGGACUAACCUGAACUUGUCCAAUAAGAAACGCUUGUUUUGGUUGCAAAACAGCUAUGGUUUGCACUAAUAGAGAAGCUCUGAUGUUGAUAAUUGCACAGAAGCCCCAACAAGUGGCCCUAAAGCAUUUUCCACAGUAAUUUCCUUGGCCAGAGAAGACUAUUGUUCUUGCUCUGCUCUGAUCACCGGCCCCGUCCCUCUCAAAGCCCUCUCUCCAAGAACCCAACUCCCCAACUCCCCCAGUCCCUUACCCCAUUUCCAUCCCUCCAAUAUUGAUGAGAGACAGCAUUCUUAGGUUAGUGUUGCAGACAUAGAAAUAGUAUUAUUAGAAUAGACAUUCCCACUCCCACUACCAGGUCAACUUUCCUUUUUUUUCUACUGUUCUAUUAACCCUAUUUCUAUGGUCAUAGACUUGUUCUGAGUUCCUCUCUCGAAUGUUCCACUGAUGUGACCUUUUCCUCAGGCGGUAAGACGCCCCUGCAGAACUUCCUAGGGAUCGCCGAGCAACACAUGGGGCCCAACAUUGGGGUUAGUGGUCAUAGUCAUCAUUAUCCUCAUCAUUAUCAUCGUCAUCAUCAUUUAUCCAAAUCAUCAUCCUCAUCCUCCUCAUUGUAUAGGGAUUUUACCUUAUAGUGACAGUGAAUCACAAGCCAACAUGGCUAUCAAUAUUGAUAUGAGUAAAGAGUUCCCUGGGCUUCUCUUCUCUCUCAAAUAUUGGCUUCUGCUGACAAACCUGCUGACAAUCGUUAUCCCCCUCUCUCUCUCUCUCUCUCUCUCUCUCUCUCUCUCUCUCUCUCUCUCUCUCACUCUGACUCUCUUACUCUAUAUCGCUCCCUCCCUCUCUCUCUCCUCUCUCCCCGUCCCUCCUCCCUCCCCUUCUCUCAACAGGCCCUAGUGACUCAGAUGUCAUGUCCUGCCGUGACCAACCCCACAGCCCUGACAGCUGAAGAGUACUUCAAUCCCAACCUGCCCCUGGGCACCCGGGAUAUUGGCCACCCCUGUCAACUCACCACCAAGACUCAGAGGUGACAGCGACAGCCAUCACAGCCCUUAUAACAACCUCUAUGCCUGGGGCCCUUGGCUAUAAUAGCCCUAUCCAGAACCAUACAAUAUGUGUGCAUCCCAAAUGGCACCCUAUUCCCUUUAAAGUGCAUUACUUUUGACCAGGACCCAAGUAGUGCAUUAUAUAGGGAAAAGGAUGCCAUUUUGGAUGCACUCUACAGUAUCUCUGGCCCUGUCAAGUGCUUUGGCUCUGUUCCAUGCAUGUACAUGUUUUCCUUCUGUCCAAUCUACAGUAUGUAUGAUGUGUGAUCUGGUAAAUGACUAUGAACCUGGAUAUCACAUCAAUAGCCAUUUAGAAUUCUGCUGGUUAUUGGAUUGAUUGUAACAAGACAACAGUGAGAUGGUGUCCCAGCCCGAUCACUAGGCUACUAGUGCAUUAUCUCAUCAGUUGAACAUAAACAUUGAUUGGCCUGAACAGAAACCCUACACACCCUACACACACAGUGAUUGACAACAGUUGAUUGCAGAGUCAAUGGUGAUGCUGCUCUUUUGCAACAAAUUACAAGACUCAAAAUAUUCUCUCAGGAUUUCAUCAAUGUAAUAGGAUGAGAUAGAACUAGAGUUCCAGUCUCUCACAGUUUCUGAAUAUGCCUGCAUGACCAAAUGCUUUCUGCUGGACAUAUUACAGCAUUGCACUGUGUGUAGUACUUGUGUAUACAGGGUGGUGUUCAUUAGGCAUCUAAUAGAAUAAAAAUGAAACAGGGAGGGACUAUUCUUCAUUUUACGUUUCCAAACAUUUUGCUACGGUGAGCCCUACUGAACAAGAGUCAGGUGUAUUGUAUAAUAUACAUAGAUACAUGUUUCCUCAGGUUCAAGGCUAAGCUGUGGCUGUGUGAGUCCCAUCCUCUGUCCCUGGCGGAGCAGGUUGCGCCCAUCAUUGACCUCAUGGCCAUCUCCAAUGCCCUCUUCGCCAAGCUCAGGGACUUCAUUACCCUGCGACUGCCCCCUGGCUUCCCUGUCAAGAUCGGUGAGGGAGUAGAGUACACUCUUGUAACCAGAUAGUUUGCUCUGCAUCCUAGAGACAUAGCACAUCAUGGUAGUGAGAGUGGAGCGAAAGCGAGAGUGGGAGAUUAUCAAAAGUAGACCAGUGGUGUAAAGUACUUUAGUAAAAAUACUUUAAAGUACUACUUAAGUAGUUUUUUGGGGUAUCUGUACUUUACUAUUUAUGUUUUUUACAACUUUUGCUUUUACUUCACUACAUUUCUAAAGAAAAUAAUGUACUUUUUACUCCAUUCAUUUUCCCUGACACCCAAAAGUACUCGUUACAUUUUGAAUGUUUAGCAGGACAGGAAAGUAGUCCAAUUCACACGCUUAUCAAAAGGACAUCCCUGGUUAUCCCUACUGCCUCUGUUCUGGCAGACUCGCUAAACACAAAUGCUUCAUUUCUAAAUUAUGUCUGAGUGUUGGAGUGUGCCCCUGGCUAUCAGUAAAUAAAUAAAAAAACUAGAAAAUUGUGCCGUCUGGUUUGCUUAAUGUAAGGAAUUUGAAAUUAUUUAUACUUUUACUUUUGACACUUAAGGAUAUUUUAGGAAUUACAUUUACUUUUGAUUCUUAAGUAUAUUUAAAACCAAAUACUUUUAGACUUUUACGCAAGCAGAAUUUUACUGGAUGACUUUUACUUUUACUUAAAGCAUUUUCUAUUAAGGUAUCUUUACUUUUAUGACAAUUGAGUACUUUUUUCCGCCACUUAUUUCAGGGGGGACAUUCUGGCUACUCCUUACAUUCAUUCAGAUGCUGCCUCAAAUAUGGUUAAAUGGGAUUUGCCCAAAAUGUGGUAUUUUGAGCUCUUAACAUGUUUGGAAUAUGUACAUCUAUUGCACAUUAAUUAUGAAUCCAGUGAUAAAUGUAAAUCCUAAACAUCUCUGUCACUUCUCUUUAUCUUCUCAGAAAUUCCCAUCUAUCACAUACUGAAUGCCCGGAUCACCUUUGGGAACCUGAACGGGUGUGAGGAGGGGUCGGUGACGGGGCCGGGCCGGGUGGAUGGGGAGGUGGAUGGACAGAAGGACAGCAGCCCCAGGACUGAAACAGACACCCCCUCCCCAGGCAGCGACUCUUCUAGUGUCUCCAGCUCCAGCUCCACGAGUGAGAAACACACACAUGGACACACACACACACACACACACACACUCCAUCUUUACUCUACAAAUAGGGCCAAGAGUGUUUCCCAAUCUCAUGACUUGACCAGGACAAAGUCAGAGUUUUACCUGGUUGGACAGGAAAAACUUUGACUCCUAAUAACAUAACAUAAGGGUCGUUCUUGAGGUGGGAUUUGGGCAUGACAUUUAAAUAAAAUAUGAACUUCAUUUUUAUUUAAAUAUAUUUGGAUACAUUUUCCCAUUCUAAAUACAUCUAAUAUGGCAGCUUAAUGAUUAUAAAUUAUGUUUGAUAAAUUAUGAUAACAUUUUGCCACCAGUAGGAGUAGUAACACCAAUGACGGUAACGCGACCAAUGACACAUUUUAGGUAAUUGAGGAUUUUAUAAAAUUGAGACCACAGCUCAACUCUAACUCUUAGAUGUUAAGUUCCUCAUAUGGUUCUGGACUGGUUCCAACUGACAUUUUGGUGUAAAAAGUACUCUGUGAACGCCGUAGUACCAAAAAGUACCUUAUAGUACCAAAAAGGCCCAUCUGUCUGCUCUCCGUUUCCACUCCCUCAGCGGAGCUAUAUUUAGAAAACAUUUCAGUCAUUUCAAGCUCUAUUGCCCCACUUUUGUUGAAUAGGAACAAAAUCACAUGCAGUGCAUUCGGAAAGUAUUCAGACCCCUUCACCUUUUCCACAUUUUGUUACGCCUUGUUCUAAAAUUGAUUAAAUUGUUAUUUCCCUCAUCAAUCUACACACAAUACUCCAUAAUGACAAAGCAAAAACAGGGUUUUAUAAAUGUUUGCAAAUUUAUUUAAAAAAAAACAGGAAAUAUUACAUUUUAGUCAUUUAGCAGACGCUCUUAUCCAGAGCGACUUACAGUUAGUGAGUGCAUACAUUUUCAUACUGGCCCCCGUGGGAAUCGAACCCACAACCCUGGCGUUGCAAGCGCCAUGCUCUACCAACUGAGUUACACAUAAGUACUCAGACCCUUUCCUAGGUACUUUGUUGAAGCACCUUUGGCAGCGAUUCUUCUUGGGUAUGACGCUACAGGCUUGGCACACCUGUAUUUGGGGAGUUUCUCCCAUUCUUCUCUGCAGAUCCUCUCAAGCUCUGUCAGGUUGGAUGGAGAGCGUCGCACAGCUAUUUUCAGGUCUCUCCAGAGAUGUUCGAUCGGGUUCAAACAAUGGCUGUUAACAUGAAGAGAGGAGGAGAGGAGUCCUUGUGUAUCUUUGUAAUGAGUGAAUUUAAUGGCUGUAACACCAAUGACAUAAAACUUAGUGACACAUAAUAUUUUUAAAAUAAGGUAUUUUAAUAGCCUAUUUUAAUAGCCUUCUUUGUUUUUAUUGGCCUUUACAAUAUAUUAAAUACUUUUGUUUACUUUUUAGCAUUCAGAAUAAUAGAUAGAUACUUCUAUCCCAAAAACAUGUCACUACAACUCUAAUCAUCGCUAUUUGGACAAGCCAAUUUGAUUGUUCUAAGUACUUUAAACAAUGCAUAAUCAUAAAGUGUUGCAGUAUAAAGGACUGGCAUUAUGUUGUAUCAUUGAUAUACAUAUAAACAAAACAUGUAUGAUGUGUAACUAUUUGGCAUUUUAAAGUGUGUUUAAUUGUUGCUAAGGCAAGGGACGCAAAUGCCACAGCAAUUCAAGAAUGACCCAUAACAUCCCAUCCCUCCUGUCCUGUGUCUCUCACCCCCAUGCAGCGUCGUGUCGUGGAGGGGAGAUCCCCCCGUGUGUGUUCGAGCCCCCUCAGGGUUACACUGUGCUGGGAGGCAACCAAAGGGACAACAACAUGCGUGGUGAUGAGGAGGAGGACCUGCUGCAGUUUGCCAUCCAACAGAGUCUGCUGGAGGCUGGCUCCGAGUACGACCAGGUCAGACUCACUCUGGCCCCUCAUAGGGCUUACUGCCAUCUCAAAUCCUGGCUCGUGUUCAUUAAAUAACACAAAGGAAAACGUUGGAAAACAUUUUGCAACGGAAAAUGAAGGUCCAGGUAGUGCCUACAUGUUUUAGUUUGUUUCCUGCCAUUUGGUGCCUAAUGAACACGAAGUAUGGUAUGAUGGUAGUCCUCUUCAUUCCUAAGUGGAACAUUAGGCAUGAUAUGGUUGUUUUGUAACCUUAACUCUAAAGUAAUACCAUAUUUUGGGGGCUCAUUCAGGAUGUUAAUCAACUACAGGCACAUUGCAUUAGUAGUGUGUACAGUUGUGCAAAGAGCAACACAUGCUAGAUACAUGCUAGAUACAAAAAAACAAAAAAAUUGUAUAAGUCUAUCCUAUCUGCUAGCUUGACAAACAGUUGACUCAGUAUGGGCAUAAUCCAGUGUCAACACAGAUUGAAACAUUAAAAUGACAAGAGCCUUUGGUUAGUCUUCUCUCUUACUCUGUCUGUCUACUUUCUGGUGUGUGUAUAGGUGACCAUCUGGGAGGCCCUGAGCAACAGCAAGCCCAGCACACAUACUCUUCCCUGUGACCCCAGUCGCCUGCAAAGGUCUGCACUUUCUCUGCACUCGACUCGCUAUUCUACUCAGCCUUUGUUUGCUAAAGCCUUGGCUUGCCCUUCUCCAGCACAUUGGAGGCCAGAGCGCUUCCUGGCUGCAUUCACAGCACACAAUGUCACUGUUGACUCACUCCCAUUCAUGCACACACUGUUGUCUUUGCCUGCAACUCAUAUAGUAUAUACACUCUGAGUGACUGGCCCCCACUGAUAUACAGUAUCUCUGCCUCUCUCCUGUAUGCCCCUCUGGAAACAAUACACAGCAUGCUACAUAAACUCAAACUAGAACAAUUUAGUGUGCCUGUGCCUGUGUGUGUUUGUUUUUGUUUUUACUAGAAGUCCUUGUGAUAGUAAAACAAGGAACAUUGGGACUAGUGGGGACAUUUCGCCUGCCCCCACAAGGAAAAAUGCUAUUUUAGGCUUGGGUUAGGUUUAGGGUUACAAGUAGGGUUAGAAUUAGGGGUUAGGUGUAGGGUUAGGGGUUUGGGGAUUUGAAUGGGAAUCAAUUGUUUGGUCCCCACAAGGAUAGUAAAACAAACGUGUGUGUGUGUCUGUCUGUGUCUGUGUCAGUGUCGGUGUUGGUGUGUGUGUGUGUGUGUUUGCAUGUACAUGACAACCCCUCUUUCGUACUCAAAUGAUGUCCUGUCAAAAUUGUUCAACCAUUUCCACUGUCACUGUCAAUUCCUCUAUUCUCCUCGCACAAUAAAAAGGUUUCCAACCCCAUUGUCUCCUCCCACCCACCCUCCUCCUCCUCCAGGACUCCCCAGCACAAGCCUUGCCCUCCAGCCAGCCUCUGUAGCACGCCCACCAAGAAGCCCCCCACAGCCUGCAGCUACGACCAGCAGCUCCGCCUGGCCAUGGAGCUGUCGGCGCGGGAGCAGGCAGAGGCCGAGCUACGGCGACGACAAGAGGAGGAGGAGCUGCAGCGGAUCAUCCAGCUGUCACUCUUGGAGAAAUGA